GUGUGUGCUUCUGUAUGAUUUCAUUUCUUUUUGUUUGGUUUUGUGGUUGAUAAUUUUAAAAUUUUUCUUUAGACAACGAUUUAAAAUCAUUUCAUCACAGAAAUUAUAUUCGUAAUGAGUAUUUCAUCUUCAACACCAAAUCAUAAUUCACGAACAACAUCGGAACAUGGUAGCCGAACUUCAAGUCGCGGUAAUCCGACACCUGAAACUAUUCAACAUCGUGUUAUGAAGUCUGUUUCUGAUUAUAAUCGACAAUUGAAUCAAGAACGAAAAGAAGAUCGCCGUGUUUGUAUGGAUCUUCAGACCUAUACGAUUCAAUAUCCCGUCGGUCUAGGACGUGAAAAUAGAGGCCUUCGACAAUGGAGUAGAAAGCGACGGCGAAUUUCACCAAUUUGGCGUAAUGGUCGUCGAUAUCCAAUCGCGUUGCUUCCCAAUCAGUACCAAGAUUGGUUUCUUCAAUACACAACACAAGAACUUAAUUAUUUGCCAUUAAACACUGUAUUACAUGGUCCUGUAGCUCCUGAUUUCGAUAAAUUAUCAUCAUCAUUAUUGCAGAUGACAAGAAAUCAACAGAAUGAAAACGAUACCGAUUCAGAAAUGGAUGGGUCAGAUGUUUUAUCUGAUUUUGAUGAUGAUUCAACAUGUAGCUGCGGUGAAGUUCAUAGUGCACCAAGUCCACCUAUGAAAUCACUAGAGGAAUCUAUGGAUAAUUCACAAUUGUCAACAAACAAUAAUGAACCACCACUUGAUAGCUUUAAUAAUGGAAAUUUUUCUCAACCAUUAUCAACAAAUCUUCAAUUUCAAAAUGGGCAUAAUAAUGAUAAUCCUUCCGAAGUUUCUUCGUCAUUGAAAGGGGGAAAGAUUUGUAAAAUUUGUAGACAAGAUACACAAGGAUCAAAUAUCGAACCACUUUGCUGUGCUGAUUGUGGUGUUAUUUGUCAUCCUGCUUGUCUGGACAUUAGUGGUGAAUUACUCGACGCUAUUCGUCUUUAUCGUUGGCAAUGCCAAGAUUGUAAAUCAUGCCAGAAAUGUGGCCAUCCACAUGAUGAAGAAAGAAUGAUGUUCUGCGAUAAAUGUGAUCGCGGUUACCAUACUUAUUGCGUAGGACUUACUGAUAUUCCCCAAGGACAUUGGGUUUGUUCCCUAUGUGCUAUCUGUGCAAAUUGUGGGACAAAAAAUCCAGGUGAAACAUCCAGGCAAACAUCAAUGCAACCAUUGACGAUUUCGACAGCUAGCCAUCAAAAUAAGCAAUGGCAACAUGAAUUGAUCAAAAUUCAUAGUCCAGAUGGACAAACAUUGGUUAGACAUUCGGUAUUUUGUGAAACAUGUUAUCAGCUAAGAAAAUUUUGAUCGUUAUAUUCAUGACAAAAUCAUUAUUAUCAUUGUUUAAUUUAGACCAAAAUCAUACACAUUCACGAAUAGUG